AUGUUGCAAUCUAUAAAUUUCAGCAAUAAGUUAUUAUGUUUAGAUUACACAGAUAAUUAUAUUCUUAUAGGUGAUAAUAUUGGUAAUAUUUACAAAUACAAUUUCCUAGAAACAUGUGAUAGUUCACAAAAUCAGUAUAUUACAAGUAAUACUAAAAUACAAAUUUUAUUUUUUUGUAACAGUCCUGUAUCUUGUAUAUUUAUUUACAAUAAUGAUAUAUUCUACACAACAUGGGAUGGUGACAUUUAUAAAAAUGAUAUUAAGGUACAUCUAUCACAAGGAAUUACUAAAGCACUGAUUAUUUUUAAUAAUUUAAUUUAUGUAUCACUUGAGCAUAACAUUUAUAUAUUAAAUCUUAAUCUAGAGCUAUUAAAAGUACUAAAUGUUCCACAUAAAGUAUUAUGUUUCUGCUCUACUGAGAAUUUUAUUAUCUGCGGCUUCAAUCUUCCUGUGAUUUGUGUUAUAGAUACAAAAUUUAAUUUAACUACUAAAAGUGUUGAACAUGAUACUGGAAUAUUAAGUAUAAAAUAUAGUAAUGGGUAUGUUUAUACUGGUUCAGUUGAUGGAUCAUUACAGAUGUAUGAUUUUAGAGAUGUAUUUGGCAGUGAUAAUAAAAUGAAAUCAAUAAAAAUUUUAAAACAAAAAAGUAGUAAAUGGCUGCGGAAUAUUUUCAAUGACGAACUUUGCUGUAGCGGAAAUGAAGUUAUUUAUAAAAACAAUUUAAUAUACAGUCACUUAGAUCAGGUUAUGUGGGUAAUUAUGUUAAAUAAGUAUAUAAUUUCUAUUGGGCUCGAUAAAAAAAUGAUAUUUUAUAAAGAAUUAAAUAUAAAUAAAGAGGAAGAAGAUGAGAUUAAUAAGUUAAACCAACUUUAUGGAAAUUAA